UUGCGUCCGUCACCUGCGCAUGACGCACGCGCAUCGCUCCGAUUGGCGGAUUCGAAAUUAUAUUACGUUAAAAACGAGCCGAGCCGGCCAAUUGCGUUCGAUUUCUUAUUCGCGACUUUUACAUUACAUAUACAGAGUGUCCCGUUAGUGUUUGUUGUGUAUGUGACAUUGAAAACUGUUUAUGACAGUUGAUUGUGAUUUGAAUAUUCCAUUAAGAGGUUGGAUGUUUUUUAUAUUAUUUGGUAAAUAAAUAGCGCACGAGAGAAACGGAGCGGGCGUGCGGAUUAUUGACCUACUCGCCAGUCAACCGGCGACCGGAACCAUUAUGCCUUAUACAUCCACAACAAUCUAAACCGAUAGACCUGACUCGAAUAGCAACCGGAAGAACCGUUACUUAAUUAUGCCAAUUUAUUAACCUGCAACAUGAUGGAGGAGGUGACGACUCGCCCGAAUGUCGAGUACAUCCCCCCUCUCACGCCCAAGGCGAAGCAGAGGACUGGAUCGACUACUUUUACGCAGAUAACUAGCGAUGAUGCUAGCCUCCGAGUGAAUGGAUUCACCGAUAGCCGGUCAGACAUGGACUCUCUAAGUUCGAUGCACUCUCUUGUCCUUAAUACUAAGACACCAACAACAACGGUAUUCGUAGCGGCAACCCAGCCAGAGCGAUCCGCGAACACACCCAGCGCAGACGCACUCACGACGAACGGUCCACACGUGGUGACGAUCAGAAUCAACACGGAUGCCGACAAGCCAAAAGCACCGAAAAUCUCAAGCGUUCACCUCAAAAGCGACGUCGACUUCGAUACUUUCAAACUGACAGAACCGACCAAGAAAAGCAGUUUAGUCAGAAUAAACGUCGACGAAACCGACAGCCGGCCGAAAAUUCUAGACAAUGAAGACUUAUCUAAAGUGGAUAAGCCUCCGUACAUUUACUGCAACUCGUACGUGAACACAAUAUCGAGUAUGGUAAUGUCGAGCGGCCAGUGCUCUCCGAGCGACACUUUAGAUUCAGGGACGUGUAGCGACCUCGAUGGCACUCCGCCGCCGCUCCCAAAAAAGAAGACGUCAAAAUCCAGCUCCGCAAAGAAAGCCGUCUCCGUCACGGUAAUUAGCUCGACACGGAAUCAAAGCGAGGUCGAUUUCGAAGAUAACGACUCUAACAUAUCGUGUGAUUCGCUAAAUAGUAGCGAGUUAAAUGGAAGCGUGCACGCCGACGAAAGUCACAGCGACGAUGCGAGCAAAAAAGAAAAGAAACAGUCUUCCGAGGCGACGCUGCAAGCGUUAGCCAAAGCGAACAAUAAAGACGGCAGCUUUCUACCUCAAGGUCUGCUGCGAGACAUUAGAGAUCGCUCAGCGAAACUGAACACGGUCGAAACCGAGAGUGAGUUGCAGAUCGAGCCCACUGAGGAAGUGAGCCCGAGUAUCAAUGAAAAUGCUUUAUCGAAGGAAAGCGCACAGCUAACAUCGUUCCGUUUAGUUUCCCAGCUCAAUAGCGAGGUAAAGAAACAUAGUGCGGAAUGUUUGAAGAGCAGUGUGGAACCUAUGAAAAAUAAUGUUGAAUCCUAUAGCAGCGGUUCCGUGUCUCUACCGGGAACUCUGAACAAAACUCCGCUGAUCAGUGAGAGUACAUACGAGGAACGAAAGCAAUUGGAUAAAAUGAAGGAAGAACAAUUGUAUUACAGCAGUCACUAUUUCGAUACGGACAAAUUUUACGAUUUCCAUUUAAACGAAAAACAGUUUGAUGAUGUGCCAGUGAAAAGUGUAAGUGAAACCAAAAGUGUGUGCAAUGACCUCCCGGAAAUGGAGUAUUUCGCCGGUAUCAAAGACUAUAAAAACGAGGAGCUGCCGUCUACGAUAAAAAGUUCAAAAGGGACGAUUCGCGGUGUAAAAAACCGCGUUCGAGCCGGCAUUGCGACAUUCCUGCAAAUACAAAGCACGACAAAGAGUUACAAAGAAAAAGAUGCGGGCAAAGUGGUCCUAUACACCACAACGAUGGGAGUGGUACGCAACACAUACCAGAGGUGUCUCUUGGUGAAGAAGAUCCUGAGGAACCUUCUGGUGAAGUACGAAGAACGGGAUGUCUUCAUGAGCAUGGAAUACCAGGAUGAGAUCAGGGACAGGAUGAAAAGCGAUCAGAUUUUGGUGCCUCAGCUAUUUAUAGAUGGACACCAUAUUGGGGACGCGGAAACCGUAGAGAAACUGAACGAGAGCGGCGACCUCAGGAAAAUGCUGAAACCGUACAAGAGUCCCGACGCCUGCCACACUUGUCAAUUGUGCGGCGGUUUUCGUCUGCUGCCCUGUCGCAUAUGCAACGGGUCCAAGAAGAGUUUACACAGGAACCAUUUCACCGCCGAAUUCGUCGCCCUUAAAUGCAUGAACUGCGAUGAAGUCGGGCUCGUCAGAUGUGAAGCGUGCUCUUAAUU